UAGGUGCGAUGAUAAGAUGGAUGACAGACCUCUCGGAGGAACAGCUCCGGGCUGUCAACUUAUUUGUUAUUCUCUUACUCUUCAGCGGGUUCUUUGUUUCCAGCUUCCUUAACCCUGUCAUCCUACUUUACUACAACAAGAACAAGUCCCAGAAACUCAGCAGAAAGCUGUUCAUGCUGCUGUCAGUCUCUGACUUCUGUACAAACAGCUACCCUGUCCUACACAUUCUCUACUUUUGUGUGUCUCCUAACGUUAACUUUGGGGUUAACACAAACUACGAUCAGACCAUUGAUUACACAUUCAGGUUCUACGCAGUUCCCAGUCUAAUAAUGUGCACAUUCGGCUGUCUCUCCCAAGUAACAACCUCUGUGCUAGCCAUCGUCCGGAUGAUCUCCAUCUUCAGCCCCUUCAUCCGGCUGCCCCAGUGGGCAUUCCUCACCUACAUAGCCGUCUACACCUGCAUCAUGGCCAUCAACAACUUCGGGUUUGCUCUCUGUCAGUUCCUGGAACUGACCCCCAAAGUACGGGGGAUAAUAAUCCUGACGGUGGACUGUUGUUACUGGUUAAACAUCGCCCAGUGCAUCCUGGGCAUUGUAGCUUCACUGCUGACCAUGGGCAGGAUCUUCUCCAAGAGACGAGUCAAGGAUACGAGAACUAGAAGCUGUUGGAUCAUCCUGCUGAUGAACAUCCCCUACUGCAUGUCAACUAUCAACUUUAUAUUAUCCAAGACUAAUCUAGCUAAAUAUGGAUAUGUUUAUUUGUCGUUUGUGUGCGUGCCAAGUUUCACGUCUAUGUUUAACCCGUUGAUUAUCGUGUUUUUGAAUCAGGAGAUAAGAGAUUUUACACAUUUGUUGGUAACUAAGGGUUUUAUUCAGACGUAUAGUACCCGGAAAUUAAGUAGAGUUGGGCCUGAUACCAGCACCACUGUUAUGUUGACCUACAAUUUGACUCUCAACAACAGAAACGGAACUCUUAACAAGACUAAGCUUGAGGAGAAAAGCUCCGAGAACUUUUAAUCAAGACAUCCGUUUUUUUUAAUUAAAGUUAUGUUUUUUUAAAUAUGGAAAAUCAGAAUGUUCAUUGAGUUGAUAUAUUGUUUCUAAAGAAUGUCUUAUUGCUUCUAAAGACGUGACCCGGUAAAAUUAGUCGGAAUUUAGAAUAUUUGAUGCAUGGUAAAACUUUGUGUUGAUAUCGAUUAAAUUUGCGCUAUUUGCCAAGCUGUGAUCGGCAAUUGUGGUGACCGGGAGAUAAAAAUAUGUUGAUAUUACAUACUAACCAAUAAUUAAUUAACAUAAUUAAUCAACAGUUUAUAAUUAAUAUGUGCAGUGUGCUAUAGACUGACUAUUUAUUGUUAAUCUUGUUACUGUAUCAUAUUCUGUGCAUGUUAUGAAGUUGGGCCCCGAUUUACUAGAUUUUUUUGAAAAUUUUUUGAAAUGUUUCAAAACAUCUAAGAUCCAUGAGAAUGGUUCAAGUUGGGUAAUAAGUAUUGGUAUAAGCUAAGAAAAUCAUACUGAUUUAUCAAGCGUUCAGUAAAUAGGGGCAAUUUCUUUAUCAAUUGAUAGUAUAACAACAGUUCGUUGAUUUCGAUUUUGUCUAAAUUUUGUUCUAUAAUAUUAAAGUAUUAAGUGCGUGCGGCUCUAUUUUGAAACUUUUCUUGAAUUUUGCAUGGUUUUAUCAGUGUGACCUGAGACCCUCGAGGACACACUACAAAUAUUAAAAAUAAAAACAAGUUAUUGGAUACAUCUUCCUUUGUUUUCUUUUAAAAGCUGUUACGUUGUGUAUAUCUGUUGUUGAAUAUGUAUUAAUUUGUGAUAUAACUAAUAACUAUGUUAA